GUUGACCAAGUUCGACACGCUUAUUGGCCUCCAUACMASAACUUGGUGAGCGAUAGAAACGAAACAACGUCACCUGCUUGUAUAAUACAGAUUUUUGGCCGAGUUGGUGCUCUCGCUUCGCUUCUUCCUCUCUGCUUAAGGUUUACUCCUCCCAGGUCACAUCCCCAACCCUUUUGCCUAUCGCUCAGAAGUUACGAGACYGAGGCCGGACAAGGCGGCUGCUACCACCCACCUUUCUUCCUCCAAAAUUUAUACAUKUUCACUUUCCAUAAUAAUCGAACGUGACAACCGCGAUCAGUUGGAUAACUGUGGAGGGGGUUCUGUUGGUCCGAACGGAGACAGAAUGGGGAAAAUAGAAUGGGCUAUGUGGGCCAAUGAACAGUCUCUGGCGGCGGGGCUCAUUCUCCUUACUGGUGGCAUAGUGGGGGUGGCAGGCCAGUUCAGGGACUGGGAGUUUGCUGCUUAUGCUAUAGCUGCAGGGGUGUUUGUCUGUCUACUAGAGUACCCAAGGGGCAAGAGAAACAAGGGCACCAGCGUAGAAAGGACGGGUCAGUACUGCUUCACUGUCUGUGUGAAGUCAUUCGGCCCACUGACCAGGAACUACUAUGUCAGAGCAUUUCUACAUGCAGCGAUCUGCGUUCCUGGUGGUUUCCUCCUUGCAACUGUUCUUGGCUGUGUCUGCCUCGGCAUAGCUAGCCUCAUCUACCUUGCGGCGGCCAUCCGAGGGGAGCAGUGGGAGCCCAUCCUGCCCAGGAAGGAGAGUGCACGUAAGCCGGUGGGAGAGAGCAUCAAGCUCCCUCCCCAGAACCCUCCACCACGCCCACCCGCAGAGAUGCGCAGGAAACGGGCAGAGGACCUGGAGGCGGCUGCCUAUGUCAACCCCAUCGCUGUCACUGCCAAUGAUGACUAGAUCCCCUUACUCUCCUUACUUUAGGCCUGCUGGGCUAAGCUCACUCAGGUUAGCUUAUUGUUCCACUGAGCCCCAACCAAAACAGAUCUACAGUGGAGCCCCACCCAGGCCAUGCUCAAUCCCAGCUGCCAUUGGCUGAGGACCGAAUCCUAAAUUGAGAUGGAUAAGCUUGCAUAACUUAGGUUUUGUGUAAAUUGGGAAUUGGCGUCAAUGGGAAUUUUUUAUGGAUUGGUAUCAAGUUAGGAAUCAGGCCUCGGAGAGUAGAGGGUUGUGGAGAGGACACACUGCUGCUGAUGUUUGAUGAUGUAUUAGGGAUUGUAUUGAACUGAGAUGUUGCUGUGCCUUAGUUCCUGCAAAAGGUUUGUGUCCUAUAUCUCUGAACCGCCUGCCACAACUCUUUCAGUUAUAAUUUUGGUCCCCAAAAGGCUUUGGAAUGUAAAUGGAAAAGUUUGUAUUCUUGUUGUGACAGUAAGUUAUUUUGAGAGGAAUUGGACAAAUAGAUGUGGAUGAGAAUCAACCACAUUUACUGGCACAGACAUAAUGAAAUUAUUUUAAAAGAGAAUGUAGAGCUAUUUCUACAUUUUGUAUCCUCAAAAUAUACUGUAUUCUUCUACACUGGAAUGUUAAUUGUUUAUAAGCAAGCACUGUUUUGCUUUAUCUCUUUCUCUUUUUGGCCGGUUUACUAUGUCAGUGGCCAACUACCUGUAUGUUGGAUAGUUGUGUAUUCACCUCUCUACAAAACAAUGUAUGUCUAUGUUUUAUGCUUGUUAUGCUUUUGAUACAAUCUGAAAAUAAACAUAGUUAUUCUAGUUAUUAAAAUGUGUAUGUUUACCAUAUAACUACAA